UGUAGGUGUUCAAGCGUUAUGUUCAGAUUGGCCGCGUUGCCUAUGUUUCUUUUGGACCUCAUGCUGGCAAACUGGUAGCCAUCGUUGAUGUCAUUGACCAAAAUCGGGCACUAGUUGAAGGCCCUUGCACUGAUGUGAGGCGACAGUCCAUGCCCUUCAAGUGCAUGCAGCUUACAGACUUUGUGAUCAAGAUCCCACACAGCACUCGUUCCAAGUUUGUAAGAAAAGCUUGGGAGAAGGCUGAGGUCAACAAGAAAUGGACUGAGUCCAGCUGGGCAAAGAAAAUUGAAGCCAGGGAAAAGAGAGCAAAGAUGUCGGACUUUGACCGGUACAAGGUUAUGAAAGCCAAGAGAAUGAGGAACAAGAUAAUCAAGCAUGAAGUAACAAAACUUGUGAAAGCUGCAGCCGCAGCAAAGAAGAAGUAAUUAAGCUGACAAAGUUGAAAUAAAGUUUGUCUUUUUGCUUGUGACAA